AGCUGUGCUGUGAAUAAAGCAAAGCAGGGAAAAAGGGCCGGAGCAGGGAGUACUGAUGGCCAAUCAUCUGAAAGAGCUCUUUCUAUUUCUAGGAUUGUUUACUGAAUAAUAAUAUAUACUGAUGGACGUGUGUUCUGUCUUGGGGCGUGGAAGCUUCGUUCUCAAUCUAGUUUAGCAUCACGUCGCUUUCGCGACUAUGGAUAAAGCUUGCGAUCUUACUUGUAUGUACCACUGCCAGUCUACCACCAUCUGGAACCAUCGUUCUUCCUGCUUUGUUGAUUGCUUAAAUAGUCGCCUCCUGGUUCCUGCCCUGCCACUGCAUUUGCCCAACGACAUACAGGCAUACAGCUGCCGCUUAUCAACAACACUCCACCUGCUCCACAGUCCGGCUGGAGAGACGAAAGACGGCUUCUCCGACGAUGGCCUGCUUCCUCGCCGCCGGCCACGCGGCAGCUAAGAGGUCCGCCGGAACGGUGCUGCGCCGCCGUGGGUUCGCCGCCUCCGCCACUGCACGCCGCCACGACGACGCGAAGGAGGCCGUGAAGUGGGAGCGGAUCACGUACGCCGGGAUCGCUACGUGCACCGUGCUGGCCAUGUUCAACCUGUCCAAGGGACACCAGGAAUUCCCCGACCCACCGCCGAACCCGUACCUGCACAUCAGGAACAAGGACUUCCCCUGGGGUCCUGACGGCCUCUUCGAGAGGAAGAAGAAGCACUCCAACGACAUUAGCGGAGCUUUCAUGAGCUUGGACAAUUUUUAUUAAGCAAAAUAUUUAAAUAGAAAUUUACAGAGUUUUAUUUUGAUAUAAAAAUUUUUUCCUUUUGAACGUCUCCGACGAGCCCGGCCGGCCGCCCGGGGUGGCCUGGCGGUGGCUCCGCCAGUGCCAACGACCAUCACUAGGUCUAGCUACUAUAGCUAGCACGAGGCUGCAACAUGUACUGGCUCAAUCCUUGUGUGCUGUCUAAUUUUGGAGGACUUGCUGUACGGCGAAGUCACAACGAUAGGCACUCGAGACUAUAUAUAUGUGUGUCUAGUUUUGCAGAGUGAUAAAACUUGUACUGGCAUUAUUAUUGAACAAGUUUAAUAAUGAUUGAUGAACAAUGUCAAGAUUAAUAAAAUGACUUAUUAUACGAUUAA